UGAUCAGCUGUGUCCAAUCACAGCUGAUCACAUGAAAACAGGGAAAUGCCAGUUAUUGGCAUUUCUCUCCUCAAGAGCUAUCAUCAGAGCACUGAUGAUCAGUGUGCCCUGAUGAUCUGUGUAGCCCCAGCAGUGCCACCUCUCAGUGUCCAGCAGUGCCAGCUGUCAGUGCUCAUCCAUGCCACCUGCCACCUGCCAGUGUCCAUCAGUGCCACAUUUCAGUGCCCAUCAGUGCCACAUCAAUGCCACAUAUCAGUGCCCAUCUGAGCUGCCUUUCAGUGUCACCCAUCAGUGCCAGUCAGUGCCACC